UCAACUGAUGGACGCACAGAAGCACACUUGUUUUCUGUUUCAACGCUCCAUACCCUCUCUUUUCCUGACAGAACAUUAGUUCUUCUAAGGAGUUUCUUUGUAUUUUUUCAGUAACCUGUCUGGUGAAACAGUCUUAACCCUCUGUCCCUUCACCCUGUAGGAUCUUCUGUUACUUCUGUUUGGGAUUUUUCUUUUUAUCCUGCUUGGUUGCCUGAUUUUCCGUGUGCAUACAAACCUUUUUCCUUUUUCCUUGCUUUCCUUUCUCCUUCUCCCCCCUGUUUCCCGGGCUAUGCUCUCCUCACCCACUGUGAUCCUCCAGCCGUACGGACUUCCCGUCUAUCCACAGACAACCGCAUGCUACCCCAGCAUAGUUCAGGGGGGGCCUGCCCAGGAGGCCGGCGCUGGCAGCGCAGACCCCGCCCUUCCCCAGGUCUAUGCUCCGCCCCCCUCGUACCCUCCACCGAGUCAAGGCCCACCGACAUCUGCCAGCAGACUGCCCACACUUGAUUUCAGCUCCACACAUCAAAGCUCCGACUACCCCGAACACGCCCAGCUCAGAGUCUAUCAGGGCCCCCAGCAUGAGGGGGCCGACACCCUGACCCCCAGCAACCCGGUAAGAGAGGAGGAUGCUUUGGCCGCCGUGACGUCAGACCACCAGUCUCUCAGUUUGUCUGUGUCAUCGGGGGCCGGAGCGGGAACCGGCACAGAGGAGGACAGCUCGGGGAAGGCCCAACCAAAACGCCUGCAUGUCUCCAACAUCCCUUUCCGCUUCAGAGACCCAGACCUCCGCCAGAUGUUUGGGCAAUUUGGCAAAAUCCUUGAUGUAGAAAUCAUCUUCAAUGAACGAGGGUCGAAGGGAUUUGGAUUUGUGACGUUUGAGAGUGCUGCAGAGGCGGACCGAGCGAGAGAAAAGCUAAAUGGCACGAUUGUAGAAGGGAGGAAGAUUGAGGUCAAUAAUGCCACUGCAAGAGUAGUUACCAAGAAGCCUCAGACACCGCUUUUGAAUGGAGAAAUUUCAACAUCUGGUUGGAAGAUCAACCCUGUAAUGGGGGCAAUGUACGCACCUGAGCUUUAUACCGUUGCCAGUUUUCCAUAUCCUGUAGCGACUCCUACCUUGGCCUACCGGGGCUCUGCACUGCGAGGUCGGGGUCGUGCCGUCUACAACACGAUUCGUUCGGCAGCGGGCACUCCUGCUGCUGUGCCUGCUUACCCUGGGGUUGUUUAUCAGGAUGGACUGUAUGGAGCAGAACUUUAUGGUGGUUAUCCUACAGCGUACAGAGUGGCUCAGUCUGCAUCUGCUGCCACCGCGGCCUACAGUGAUGGAUAUGGACGUGUGUACGCCGCAGCAGCCGACCCUUAUCAUCACUCAGUUGGACCAACGGCGACAUAUGGAGUCGGGACGAUGGCUAGCUUGUACCGAGGAGGAUACAACCGCUUCACACCGUACUGAGCGUCCCAGAUGUAUGCCUCUGUCAUGAACUCUGGGCCUGGGAUAGGUCAUGAUAUCUUAAAGCUUGGAAAUGUGGAAAAACUGUGUCCAGAGACUAACCAGAGUAUCACUGUGGAUCAUUCAGGACCCAUUUAAUCUGCUGAAGAAGAGGAUCUCAUGUAAUUUAUCAAGCCUUUACCUGAGUUUGUUUUAGUGAACUGAUUCUACAGAGACGCCGGCUGGUGUUAAAUGCUGAGACUAGUUUUGUGUGUUUUAAAAUCAAAACCUUUCAGGGGUCAAAGUGUACAUUUUGUACAACAGUAAAUGCCUUGUUUUUGAUGGUGCCCUGUUUUUGAGUGUGUGACUGUGUGAGUGUGGGAACACACGUUGUUCAGCAACUGCGACAAUAGGAUCAGUUUGUCUGGAUGUAGCUGGAAUCAAGUUUCUUCUCACCCUGACCAUCUACCUCUCGUACAUUUUUAGAUUUUCAUAUAGCCGUUGGGUUGUAGUAUUUGAAAUACUUGUUUGUUUAUUGUCCACCUUUCUCUUUGUGUAGCCAAAGUAACACAGAUGUUUGCUCUGUUUUUUUGCUCUUGUUUCACUUUAACCUCUCUGGCUUUUAGUAGGAGAAUUAAUUUUCUGAUAAUUUUCUUACUGUUGUUUCCUGUAUUUCCUACCUUCUUCAUCACUUGGAGCUCUUGAAUAGUCUUUUUCUCCCUAGUCUUCUCUCCCUGUCUUUUGUUUCUGUUUCACUCUUUUUUCUGCUAUGUUUGAUGAUUACCUCUGAAUAAACCUAACUUUCCUCUCUUUU